AUGGCGAGUGGUGGACAGAGUAGGAAUCCCUGUGACGCGGCCGAGCUGCAGCAUCCAGGGGUAGACGUGCUAACUGCCAAGCAGCUCGCCGACACUGGCUGCAAGACCUUCUCCGCUUCCAUGAUGCUCCUCACCGUGUACGGGGGUUACCUCUGCAGCGUGCGAUCCUGCCGUUUCUUGCAGCUGCGCAAUGCCAGGCGCCAGGCUGCGGAAGACCAGAAGUCCUCAGGAGUCAUGUAG